AUGACGUUUCCGAGUACGCUUAGCCCAUCAGUUAGAUAUGGUCUUCAUUUUGUUGGUGUUUGGCCUGGAACUCCAUUGCCAGGGCUGCGUAAAUUCUGUUGGGUAAUAGCCAUGGGUUUACUUCAAACUUACCAAUACAAAUACAUUAUCCAACAUUACUAUACCGACAGUCUUUUGGAAUUGAUAGAUAACUUAAGCAUCACUAUGCCAUUCAGUCUUGUGUGCAUUAAACUGAUUGUUGCUUGGACUAAUCAGGAUCUACUUCGCGACAUUUUAUCAACAAUGGACGAAGAUUGCCAAAAAUACGCUGCUAUCGAUACGAAUAAUCUGAUAUCGAAAACUGCACGUAUUUCUUUAUAUUUUACAACUAUAGUUAUGUCAGCUUACGUAUUUUCUUCAAUUUUUUACCUAACGGAAAUAUUGACAAUGCACGUCGGUGACAAUUCAACGCGACGGCUUCUCUUCCAAAUGGAUUUACCUUUUGAGACCAACGAAUCACCCGCUUACGAGCUAGUGGUAUCCGCACAAAUUCUUCAUCUUUUAACAUCGGGAUUUACGUUUGGCCUGUUUAACGCUGCUCUCUUAAUGGUGGUACUUCAUCUAGAUUGUCAUAUCAACGUUAUGUGUAAAGUGAUAUUGGAUGAUCCUCUCAAAAAUAAGGAACAAAUAAACUUUUUUAUCAACAGGCAUAAAGAAAUUAUUCUAUUUGCAGACAGAAUUGAGAAACUUUUUACAUAUAUAACUCUUAGCCAACUUACGUCGAACACUUUGAUCACUUGCUGUCUGGGAUACCUUAUUGUAAUGUCGGUACAUACUGAGAACGGACUGUUUCUACUAAUUAGAUCUGUAUUUUUCUACGUUGUUAUUUGUUUGGAAAUAUUCAUAUAUUGUUUUUCUGGAGAAUAUUUGAAUACGAAGAGUAAACUGAUUGGGGAUACGAUAUACGAAAUUGACUGGUAUGAUUUGCAUCCGAGUGAAAGGCGACUUUUGGUACUUUUGAUUUUAAGAUCUCAAAAAGGAUUUAUGUUUACUUGUGGAAAAUUUACCACUCUUUCAUUGGAAAGCUUUACGAGCGUAAGCUACUUAUAUUGUCAUUUAAUAAUUUUAAUCAUUUAUAUCUAUAAUGGUUUUUCACGAGUAAGUACUAAACAUAUCGCUGAAAUAUUUAAAGAAUUUCUUUUUAUGCAUUGAUACAUAAAACAUCGAAUAUGUGAAAUCAGUACCUAUAUUAUAA